AGUUAUAGUCUCUUGAAAUGAGGGAAGAAGCGCUCGAAUCGAUUUGUGCAGCACUUUCUAUUAGUUUUACCGAGGAUCCCGAUCAUUUGGAGUCUAUUAUUGAUCGAUUUUCAGAGAUAUUUAAAGUCAAAGAUCACUUGAAUCAGCUGCGAAAAAAAUGUGAGAAAUUUCAAACAUUCACAUUGGAAAUACGUCCGGUUGGAUCAUCAAAUUGUACUGAAAAUGUUUAUGCAUACAUCAUUGAAUCUGAGACAUGCCGACAAUUGGAAUUGAAACCAACAGGAACUACUAAACUGGAAAUUGGAAGCGAUAAAAAUGUUUCCCUCAAAUUCGGCUUAUCUCAAAAAAAGGAUAGUACGACAAGUAAAAAGGGACUUUCAAGAUCCGCCUCACUUCUGAAAAAACUAAAAUUUUCGGAUAAAAAGAAUCUGGAUGAACUGAAAAUUAGCAUAUUCCCAUUGGACAUUGCAGUGCGGAAAAAUAUUAAUCUUGGAAGUGGAAAGAGUACUCUGCUGGAAAUGAAAUUAAUUCGAAAUGACCAUAGAAAUAUGAUACAGUGUUUGGAAUUCGACGAUUUUUUGGAAAUGACAAGAAGUUUUCAUGAAUGGCAAGCUCAGAUAAGCGAGUCAGAAUUGUAUGAUGGAAGUCUCGGCGAUCCAACAUUUUCAAUGUUUUAUUCAAUUGCAUUUUUCUUUGAAAUUCCCUCAUUUGUCUUAAAACUUACAGAAAUGACGUGUUUUCUUGUAUGGGACGAUGAAAUGAAGAAACUAGAUGAACGAGCGUUGGCAGAUGUUAGUCUGAAAAUGACAGCUUGCGAAUCAGAAGUUGAUCUACAACAUCCAUUAUUGAGUCCGGCAUUAUCAUAUCUAAAUGAUUGUACCUGCAACACAAUUCGAUGUAUUCUUGUUCCAUUUUCAACGGAACCAUUCUUUCCACCAGUAUCCCCAUCUCGUCUUAAAUCAAUCAAUGUUGCUCUGAAACUGAUUGCAGAUAUUUGUGUUUUAGAUGUAUGGGACGAAUUCGAGAAUCUUGCGAAUCCAUCCAAUUUCUUAUCAUCUGAAUUAAAGAAACUACUCGAAAGUAGUGCAGAAAGAUAUGGAGAAUCUCUGAAAAAACAAGAAUUCAAUGAAUUAUGUAGAACAAUUUUAAAUUUAUGGAUGUCGUUAAGCAAUGAGAGUCAGCCUUAUUAUAUAUUUUUUCAUCAAUUUGACAUUAAUUACAUCGGAGCUGCAAUGCUGAAGUUGGAUAAAUAUCUAGCUGAAUCCAUUCAAAUAUCUCUAAAAUGUCAACUUGAUCUUCUCAAUUUGAGAAUUCCAACUGAACUGGAAAACUUUACAAAAACCACAAUGAGAUUAUUUGUAACACUUCGAAAUUUACUGAAUAUGGUUGAAGCAUUCCAUUUACCUGAAUGUCAACUAUUUCAUUUCGAAGAAUGGUUUACUGAUAUCAGUGUUUUUUGGACUUAUUCAUGGAGAGAAGUUACUUUACAAAUGGUUGAAAGAACAAUUACAUUAGAUGAAGAUGGUGAUUCAGUUAAAUAUGGAGCAAGAAGACCACUUCCAGCUGGAUUAUAUUCAUUUCUAUGCAUUCAGAAAGGAAUAUCGGAUGAUUUAGCUCGAUUGGAAUUCACCUUUCCACAUCAUCUUGUUGUUUGUGCAGCAUCGGUCGUUAAUAUUAUGUGCCAAAAUAUAAACGCAUAUGCAAGAAAACUGUUCAGUGAAGCAAUGAGGAACCACGAAGAGAAAGCUUCAAGGUUGGUGAGAGCUACAAAUGGAAUUGAACAAGCAAUGUGCUUUGUGGAAGAAGGUUAUCGGAGAUUCGCACAAUUCCAACGACUUGAAGAGUACGUCGAUGUGGAUGAUUUGUCAGCGGUACGAUCAACUUCAAUUCGAUUAUUAAAAUCAACAAGAGACACGUGUGAAAUUCAAGUUUCUACUUUACUUUCACAUUUUGUGAACCUCAAAACUGAUAUUGUUUUAAAAAUCGCCAAAAAUUUGUGCGCAGAUGGAAAAGAAUCGAAUAGUGGAUUGAAAUCAUAUAUGAGAGAAUUGGCAUCUUCGGAACGAAUUGAAAGUAUUUUAGAAUGUUGUUAUGGUCUUGUUGAUGACGUCAGAUGUCUACUUCUUCCAAAUUGUUUCAAACUAUCCACUCAACAUUUUGCCACGUCACUGGAACAACAAAUUCGAAAAAAUAUUCGACAAAAGCAACCAGCUGAGUAUUACAGCAAUAUUUAUGUUGGUUUUUUGAAUAUUUUAAUUUUUAAAAGAUUAAAACAAAUGUAUUUAAAAUUUCAGAUUGCUCUAAAAUAUAUCUACGAAUUUUUGGAAAUUGAAGAUCGAAAGGAUAUUGAACUUCUUUCAAAUCUUCAUUUAAAUAGUUUUUCAACAAAAGAUUUAAUUCUUUCUUAUUACGAUUCACUUUGUGAAAAAAUAGAUAGAACUCGUUUUGGGAAUGCUCCACAUGUUGAUGUACAUAUUUCAUAUGUUAAGAUGGUUGAUGAGGAUACUAUUUCAAUUCAGAUUAAAUUGAUAAAAAUGUCUCCAAUCGAAUGGAUCGAUGUAAUAUCUGAUCGUGUUGAUUAUUUUGUUCGACUGGAACUCUUUCCAAAGAUUUUAUUCCCUUCGAAUAAAUUUGAAUCACCAACAACAAAUCCAAUGCCACAAUCAACACGUCCCCAAUGGAAACAGCUUUUUGAAAUUCGAGUUCCAUUGGAAUGUUUCUUUCUUCGAGGAGCUUGUUUAGCAAUUUCAGUUUUUGAUCACGAGAGAUUCAUUGAUCGUUUAGUUGGACGUGGCUUUAUCAGUCUUCAUUCAGUUCCUCAGGCUUCUGAAGAAAAACCAACACAAAGACUACAAGUUCCACUGUUGCCAAAUGAUUUUUCCGAUCAAAAUAAUGUGUUUUAUCAGCUUCUAAAAACCCGGGCAUGUCGUGACUCGAUUGCGAAGGAGUUUAUUGAAACUCGUACUCGACGUCAUCAACGAAUCCGUGCCCUGCAACAUUAUAUUCGGAUUAAUCGAAAUCGUGUUGGACACAUGUUACUUGGAUAAUUUGAUUCUAAUAACACAAUUUUUGAAUUCUAUACCAUCAGAAUAGUCUAUAUUUUAUCGACUGGCCGACAUAAUCUGGUUAAUUCUGUUUAUUCUGGUUAUUCUGGCUCAUUUUGCACAUAGUUUGUAAUUGUGAGAGAAAGAGGUUUUUGAUUUAAUAAAAAAUACACGAUCAGGC